AUGCGCAACUUUUUGGGUUUUCUCCUUCUCCCAGGCCUGGCUCUCGGCAGUCCGGUCCUCCAAGCCCAAGAGCCAAUCUUCGAAAUCCACCAAAUGUUUGCCGGUGGCAAGACGCCCGCAGAAGGAAGCUUUGCCCAAUUCACCAUCAGGCCGACCCCCAGCUCUGGCCUUGUGCUGUGCCGGGUAGACAUGCCCGCGUCGCGCAUAGUUCCUACAGUCACAGAGACAGUCUGCAAAGAUCCAAUCGAGCACACUACCGCGAACCAAAUCACCUUCAGCCUCACACCGAUGGGCGACGGCAUGCAUUUCAACGUCUGGUAUGCCUUCACAAGCCAUGGCGCGCUGCACGGAGAGAGGCACUUUGGGCCGAAGGAGUUCGACAACGUGACGCUGUCUGACGGCAGGGGCUGGGUUGUCUCUUACGUCGGAGAACAUUGGUUCAACGUGACCACCAAGACUGUCAUGAGAAGCCCUGCGAAGGAGCUGGGAACGAAGAUCGAAGAGAGCCAUGCAUAG